UACGUCAUAUGAUACCGUAGGCAAAUCCUACAUCGUUACGUACCUAUUUAUUUCAUUUGUUGUAUCAAAAUUCUUAUUUCAAAGUAAAACGUUGCACAGUUAUCUAAAAUUGUGAUAUUAUGAGCGCUUUAUCAUUUAUCAAGUCUACUAAGGGCAAGGUUAUACUGGUCACAGUUGCUGCGCUACACAUAACCAUUUAUCUCGCGAAACCUUCGUUUUUUAAGGACCGAGAAGACGAAAAACUUCAGAAUAAACCUCCUAAAUACUUGCCAGACAAUUGAUCGACCUUGAGUGGAGAAGCAAGUACCUAAAACCGGAAAAGUGAGCGCUCGUUUUGUAUUGAUUCAUGUUUUAUAAAAGCAUUGUGACAGUUACAUCGAGGUUUUCGCGCGGAGUAACUGUGAGAAACAUGAGUUCUGGACAUAAGGUAUACGUGACCCGCUCAGAUAUGCCUGAGUGCGGGGUGCAGUUGUUACAAAAAGAAUGUGAAGUCAAGAUGUGGAAUAAGCCUUCACCAGUGUCUAGGGAAGAUUUUUUAAAAAACGUUGCUGGUUCUGAAGGAAUAUAUUGUUCUCUUACUGACAAGAUUGACAAAGAACUGCUUGACGCAGCAGGUCCAACUCUCAAGGUUGUUGCCACCAUUUCUGUGGGUUAUGACCAUAUUGAUGUACAAGAAUGUAAAAAGAGGGGCAUCAGGAUUGGUUAUACACCUGAUGUUCUAACUGAUGCUACAGCAGAACUUACUCUUGCUCUCCUUCUGUGUACAUCUCGACGCCUUCCAGAAGCUAUACAUGAAGCAAAGUCAGGUGGCUGGGUGUCUUGGGCGCCUACAUGGAUGACAGGGCCCGGUCUAGCUGACGCCACAGUCGGCAUAGUUGGCUUCGGCAGAAUUGGCCAAGCAGUUGCUAGACGUGUCAAAUCAUUUAACACGGCCAAGAUACUAUACUUUAAUCGUAGUGAAAGACCAGAAGCUAAAGAACUGGGAGCAAUCAAAGUUACUUUUGAUGAGAUCCUGGCUCAAAGUGACUUCAUUAUAUGCUGUGCAGCAUUAGUGCCUGAAACCAAAGAACUUUUCAACAAAGCUGCAUUUGAAAAGAUGAAGAAAACUGCUGUCUUUAUAAACACAAGCCGUGGAGGAACUGUUGAUCAAAAUGCACUUAUUGAAGCUUUGAAAAAUAAUACUAUAAGAGCCGCAGGUCUGGAUGUCACAACUCCUGAACCACUGCCUCUAGAUAGUCCACUAUUUAAAUUGAAGAACUGUGUAGUUCUCCCUCAUAUAGGAAGUGCUUCUAUAGAAGCUAGGAAUAUUAUGAGUGAUCUAACAGCAAGGAAUAUAUUAGCCGCACUGAAAGGCACUGAAAUGCCAGCAGAAUUAAAGUAAUCUAUACAAAUGUUGUAAAGCAAUUUAUUAUUAUUAAAUGUAUAUGUAUAUUAAAUGAUGUAUAUUAAAGAUAAAUUAUAUAUUUUA